CGGGACACCGGAGUGACAACUCUGAAGCAGCCGUCGUAGCUGAAGCUCAGCGAGGAAGAUGAGCACCAAACAGGUGACCUGCAGGUAUUUCCUCCACGGUGUGUGCAGAGAGGGCAGCCGCUGUCUGUUCUCUCACGACCUGAACAACAGUAAACCCUCCACCAUCUGCAAGUUCUACCAGAGAGGAGUGUGUGCUUAUGGAGAACGCUGCAGGUAUGACCACAUCAAACCUUCAUCAAGAGGCGGAGGGGGAGGAGCUCCAGAGGAUCAGGCAGGUGGUGGGGGAGCUGGUGGCGGGGGAGCUGGCGGCGGCGGAGCUGGCAGCGGGGGAGCUGGCGGCGGGCCUUCAGUCAGAGGUGGAAUGAAGAAGAACCUGGUCCUGAGAGACAGAGUUCUAGGUGUAGACAGGGUAGACAGGAUGUUCGGGGCUCCAGCAGACAGUAUGUGGUCAGAUGUCUCAACAGCUGCAGCUCCUCACUCCUAUGUGGAAGCCAUCAGGACGGGCCUGGACGCUUCAGCGCAGGAUCAAGCCACUCCCCCAGUGUGUGGGCCGUCCCAGAACCUCCCCCAGCUGUGCCCCUAUGCUGCCAACGGACACUGUUUCUAUGAAGAAAACUGUACCUAUCUCCAUGGCGACCUGUGUGAGGUGUGCGGGCUGCAGGUGCUCCAUCCCCACGACCCCGAGCAGAGGAGAGCGCAUGAGAAGAUGUGUCUGGCGGCCUUUGAGGCCGACAUGGAGAAGGCGUUUGCUGCGCAGCUCAGCCAGGACAAGGUGUGUUCCAUCUGUAUGGAGGUGGUGGUGCAGAAGGCAAACCCAUCGGACCGCAGGUUUGGCAUUCUGUCGUCCUGCUGUCACACCUUCUGUCUGGCCUGCAUCAGAAAGUGGCGCUGCACCAGAACCUUCAGCAACACGAUCAUUAAGUCGUGUCCGGAGUGUCGGGUCGUCUCAGAGUUUGUCAUCCCCUCAGUUUACUGGGUGGAGGAUCAGGAGGACAAGGACCACCUCAUAGACCUCUUCAAGUCUGGAGUCAGUAAGAAGGCCUGUAAGUACUUCGAUCAGGGACGCGGUUCGUGUCCGUUUGGAGGGAAGUGUUUGUACCUUCACGCAUUCCCAGACGGAACCCGAGCAGAACCCGACCGGCCACGGAAACAGUUGAGCUCCGAGGGGAACGUCCGGUUCAUGAACAGCGUCCGUCUGUGGGACUUCAUCGAGGAGCGCGAGCAGCGGUCGGUCCCGCCCCUGCCGGCCCUCGAUGAUGACAUGGCAGAGCUGAGGGAGCUCUUCAUGCAGAUGUCAGGUCCGAGCCACGACGGGCCGGAGACCCCGCCCACUGCAGACCAGUAGAGACCGGACUGGUCUUUACAGGUCUCCAUGGUAACUGGCGGGACAUCCAACUGUGUGGGGUUUUGAGACUUGACAGCCAUGUUUGUGGAUCACAUGAUUGAAAUAUUAAAUCAUGUGAUAACUCUGCAGCUCUGUGGUGUGUUUCAGUCUGAUCGUCAUGUCACCAUGUUUAAUAAUUGAUUAUUGAUAUUUUAUUUAUUGUGUAAAUAAGUAAAUACGGAGUAAGUGUGAUGUCACCUGGUUGUGUUGUGCUGAAUUAAUUUUUUUUCUUUAUCAUUUUUAAGUUUUUUGGAAAACAACCCCCCUCACCUCUGUGUAAAAAAAGAAAAAAAAAAGGACUCCAAGCAGACUGAGCAUUUGGACACCAUGUGCAUGAAUUGUUACAUAGUUGGCAAGUAGGACUUUGGCCACUUGGGAUUUGACCUUGACCUUUGUGUCCCAAGAGAAGGUGAUUUAGGCCCAAUCCCAAUGCCCUCUAUAAACCCUAAACCCUCACAGACCUAGUUGACGUCACCUGGUGAGUGUUUGACUGUGAGAGGCUGCAAGGGCUCAAAAUGGUAUAAAGAGGAAUGGGACAGCACUCAUCACGCUACCUUGAUGAUGCCAAAACAUUUGCAUUCAAUUGUGGGUUUGGGACUUUUGAUUGUACAUUUUUAUUCCCUCCUUUCAUUCCCUGUUUGUAAACAAAAAAAAUAAUGUUGAAUCAGAUUUGGAAUUCAUCAUCAUGUGAUCAUAGGACAAAAAACUCCACAGUUCAGACUCUGAAUCACCAGUGAGCUCUGUGUUUAUACUGUCUUUUUUCUUGUAAUGCUAACAUUAGGGUUCGUUCCUUUCACGCUUGUUUGUUAACCACUCUUCUUCUAUUGUAUUUCUUACAUUUUAUGGCCGUUGUUUGUCGUUUUUUACGCUUCCGGGCGUCCCCUGAUAACCAUGGCAACCCCGUGUUUUAUGUCACAACACUAUGAACUUUGGGUAUAAAAGUCUGCAGAAAUGCAGACUUACAGAAAGUGUGCAUAAAGGGCUCAAAGGGUCUGAUGGAGAGCUCUCAUGCCCUCGAUGGUCUGACAGCAGGACAGUACUACACCCUCACAAACUUACCGGUAACUCGCCUCCGAGUCUGUGAGGGUGGACAUUGGGUUUGGGUCUUCCUGACUGUGCCACUGUGUGUAGAGACAUAGUUUCACAACUUGACUUGACAUCACAUGUGUAAGACUGGGGUAUUUUUGUCUGUUUAACCUUAAAAUGCUUACAACAGUCAAAAUGUUGGUGAUAAAACUCUGAAAAAAAAUCACACAUCAUUCUACUGGGGUCAGGUGUAUUGUAAGAAAAAGCUGUGCAUAUAAUACUGAUUAGUCAGGCACUGCAGACUCACUGUUUGUCCCAUUCAAACACUGUUAGAAACACUUGAUAUCUACCAUCUAGAGAAUGCCUGUGUCAGUUUUGGUAGCAUUUGUUUGAAGACUUGUGGAGAUAUCAAUAUAAAUUGGUUUUGCAUUGUUUGAAAAAUAUAGAGUGACAGACUUCUGAAUUGACCAUAGGUUGCAGUGAGGCAAACGCUUACCACAAUUAAGUGGAUAUGCUGUAGGACCUACAUGUGAUUUAUUGUGAUUUUUCUUUUGAAGUUUGGAAUGUCAUCAAAAAUCUCUUGCACACCUGAAUAGUCUUUGUGACAGGUGGGCAGGUGAGGUAGACACGUAUGAGGUAGAAAAGACAUCUGCACACUGACUUCACUUGCUCAAUAAAGAACAUUUAAUACGUUUCA